AGGCAGACCGGACGAAACCAUUCAUCCAGCCAAUACUCCGACAGAAAAAUACGUUAAGAUUAAUGAGCACUAGUGGCCUAGCCAUCUAGAUUCGGAUUUCAAAGAGGAUUAUGGGGGUGUAUCUGAAUUAGAUGGUAAGAUUACGAAUCUGGGUAAUUUAAAGUAGGAUUAGCGUCUUAAUCGCACCGUCCGCGGCGCUGAAUCCCCCCGCAUCCCUGCGAAUAAACAGCCAAACAGACAAUUAGGAUGCGGAGAUGAUUUUUGUGACGCUGCGAUGGCUACCUGCGGGGAUACCGAAAUGAAAAGCACAAUGAGGAUCCAGUUUGGUUUCACGAUGGUUUAGUAGUUGUAUAUUGGUGCUUUCUGAUUUAUUGGCCAUGAUUUUCCUGCGGAGGCUCGUGCAGCUGGUGGUGCUGCUGAUCCAGAGCGGAUUGUGGGGGGUCGCGCCGAGUCCCACCGAUGAAGGAGCACUCCGGGCAGGCCACGGGGAGCACGGAGAGCCGGGACACCAGGAGCCACACAAGGACUCCUACAGUACUUUUGCUUCUGAGUUCCUGGAGUCCAGAUAUCUGUCCGAUGAUGGUUAUCCGUUCCCCACCGCCCCACCAGUGGAUCCCUUUGCCAAGAUCAAAGUCAGCGACUGUGGAGUAACCAAAGGCUGCAUAAGGUAUGGGAAGCCAGGUUGUGAUGCAGAGACGUGUGACUACUUUCUGAGUUAUCGUCGUAUUGGUACAGACGUGGAGUAUGAGAUGAGCGCAGACACUGACGGUUGGGUGGCCGUAGGUUUCUCCUCUGACAAGAAAAUGGGAGGAGAUGAUGUCAUGGGCUGCGUCCAUGAUGACAACGGUCGUGUGCGGAUCCAUCACUUCUACAACGUCGGUCAGUGGGCCAAGGAGAUCAAGAGGAACCCAGCCAGAGAUGAGGAGGGCAUUUUUGAGAACAAUCGGGUGACCUGCCGUUUCAAGCGUCCGCUGUAUGUCCCCAGAGAGGAAACGCUUGUGGACUUACACCUGUCAUGGUAUUACCUGUUUGCAUGGGGUCCUGCCAUUCAAGGUUCCAUCACAAGGCAUGACAUUGACAGUCCGCCAGUCAGCGACCACAUGAUCAGUAUCUAUAAGUACGAGGACAUCUUCAUGCCUUCCACAGCUUACCAGACCUUCAACUCUCCCCUCUGCUUACUGCUCAUUGUAGCUCUCACCUUCUACCUACUAAUGGGAACGCCAUAAUGAAGCACAGCAGAGCACAGACUGGAGAAAAAAGGGAAGAGAAGAUGAAGCAGCAAUAAAAGAAAGUUGCCAUUUUCCUUAGAUGCCACAUUCAAGUGUUCACUUUGCACAAAUAGACCCAGUGUUAGAUAUAUGAAACAUUAUAGAGAAUAUAUAUUCAUUACUCUGAUCUCAUACAGAGGAUCUUGACAAAUUAUUAAACCUAUACUGUAGAGGUGUUAUGUACUGGUGUCAGUACAAAACAAGAGGUCUAAUAAGAGUAGUGUUAUAUUAUAAAUAGGCCAAUUAUUUUCAGUAUUUAUUAUAACUUCCAAGUAUUUAACAAAAUAUGAAGAGUACACAUGCCAAUAAAUAAAUCACAAAUCUUUGAAAAUGUUGCAUGCACUUGAAAAUCUGGGAAUGAUUUCAAAAAUCCACUGUUCACUGGUGAUGAGAAGACAGUGGCCUCAUGUUGAAC